AUGUCUAGCCAAAAAACUCCAACUGGCUCCGAGCUGAAUGAAGUUGAGCAAAAGAAGGUAACGAAGAAAAUGAUUAGUAAUUUUAUUCUUGCUCCAUAUGAGAAAAAUUUACUGUCGUCAGGAACACCAACUCCAAAAGCUGGUGAAAAUGGAUUUGAGCUCAAUGAGUCCGGAACCAGAUUCUCAUUCUCCAAGGAGGCCAGCACACAGAAUCCAUUUCCAGACGGUCUCCCACAUGCAGACAUCAAUGGGGCUAUCAGGUCUUUUGAUCUAGAAGAAAACGACGCGAUUGAGUUGAAGGACGCACCAAAGACUGCCAGCUGGAGAGCAAAAGAUGGGGAUUAA